AUGCCUCAGCACCGAACUCAGCCUCAGGCUCGGCCGCUCCGACCCGCUUUAGGGGGAGCAGCCGCGCUGCCAGGGUCUGUUCCACUAGAUCCCUCAAUUGCCAUAGACGAGAACACAGGCAUUCGCGACGCCUCUGCUCCAAACCCCCAGCGCUCAGCCAAGAAAAAUGCAACUAUUGCUUGCCAGGCCUGCAAAAUCUCGAAACGAAAGUGUGAUCAGCACCAGCCCUGCUCCAAUUGUCAAGCGAGUAACAAGACAUGCAUCUACGACCCAUCACAGGAUGGACGAAGGAAGGAGAGCCGCAAGAGGAGGCUCAACGAACUCGAACUCCGAAGUCAUGCUCUCGACAGGAUCCUGAUCAGUCUAAAACACUCCUCGAGCCCAGAGGCCCGGCAGUUGCUCGAACUUAUCAAGCAGGAUGCCCCUCUCGAAGAGAUCAUUCUCUUUCUUGACACCCAUCCUGGUCCAGCGGCAAAUGAGACUCGCGCGGCUCUAUCCGCCAGUCCUCCUCCAGAGGGUGACGGGAUACGUCGCAUGCUUGCAAUAAGUGAGCUGACCGACAAUCCGACUUUCAGGGUCCCUGCCGCUCCGUGGACCACAGUUACGAAAGAUGACCUCCUCGUCUCUCACCUAGUCUCCGCGUACAUCAAUUGGUAUCAUUUCUACUACCACAACUUCGACGAGAAGUUGUUUCUUGCCGCCAUGGCUAAGGGGAAUCUGGACUCUUCCUAUUGUUCACCUUUCUUGGUCAAUGCAGUUCUUGGGAUGGGAUGCUUUUUUUCAGAUCAUCCUUUAGCCUUUGCGACGCCAGGGGAAGUGGGCUCACGAGGCCUCCAUUUCUACAAUGAGGCUCACCGGCUUUGGACACUCGAAGCCGCUAAGCCGACCCUAACCAAUAUUCAGGGCUUCACUAUUAUGAUAAUGACGGCGGCUUUCACUGGCAAAGACAGGGUGAGCUUCUCGUCCCUGAAACAGCUCGAGGUGAUGAUGCCUCAGCUUCUUCGUCGGCAUCCGAAAUCAGGGAAGAGUCAACCGAUCUCUGAGGAUUUUGAACGAUCCCUGAAGAUUGUGGAGUGGGCGGCGCACAUAUAUUCAACUGGCUUUGGCACAGGGUUCCUGAUCGCACCGACGAGUCCCAAGCCAUCUCUUGAAGCGCCAUAUGCUUCCAAGGUAUGGCUCAACCAUCUCACACCGUGGUCACCUUAUCCUAUGGCGGGGGAUCCCGUUCAGCUGCCACUUCAGGCUCUUUACCACUACAUGUGCGAGCUGUAUGUAUUCGCUGGCGAUAUCCAGUCUCUGGUAUUUGCCGACUUUUCCACCAUGAGCACCAUGGAAAAGCUCAACGCGGCUCGGGAGAUGGACAGGAAAAUGUUGGAAUGGUACAGUUCUAUACCUCAGCAGUUCCAGGUUGAUGACCCCAAUUUUGUUUUGGUCCCGACCACGGUUGAUCUGGCAUUGAGCUUGCAUCAUUUCCGCCUGUUAAUGUGGAAUUGGACGAUUCCGCCGCCUCCGAGUGCCUCAAAGCCGAACGCAGAACCCGAACAAAGAUCGGCAACAGGCACGAGCCCGGAUGCACCAAUCCCAGGUCAGGACGAGCUCGACCAGAUCGCCCGCGAGGCGAAGGAGAUGUGUAUGGAGAUCGCCUCAGUCACAGUACGGAUCAUUCGAGCCUUCAAUGCUAGCUUUGGCCAUCGCUUCUUCACCGUCCUGACGCCGCAAUCCGGCAUCCUCGCUGCUAGUUUCCUGCUGUCUGGCAAUCUCCAUUCCGCGGACGAGGAGGAACUGCUGCUGGACAUCAUGCGGGUCCUGGUGAGAUGUUCGCGGCAGCGGCAACUGGUUAAAGGCAUCACCCACAUGUUACUGAAGACGGCAGAAGACAAGGUCGUCGCUGCCGGGAAUGGAGAUACGCCUCCUCCUGGCGGCGUCAGCAAGUCUCUGCUGGAGCAGUUGACGGUCAUCGUGAAGGACAUCGCCUGGGAAGGCCAGGAGCAUCUCACCUUCAGCUCCAAAUACCCCAAUCACAUAUUGGUAAAGGAGGAUCCGGACACCGAGCUGAGCCUGUUGCUCGAAAAGUGGGCGCACAUGGGUUUGGACGACGAGGAACACGAUGGCGGCGAAGGUUCUGACGACCACAAUCAAUCGACGGACAGGGGAAGAGAGGAGGCUGCAUGA